UACCACCUACAGCCCUUCAGCCCCUUCACGUCAGAUUAAGUCAUCGCUCGACACAACUUGUCCAGCCCGGUACCAUACACUUCUAGUCCAGUAUAUACUAGCCUACCUGUCAGAUAUAAUCAUACCUUUCUUUCCUCACGGACCGGACCUUGGAUGGGCAAAUAUAUUUUACGUUACUACCCGUCGCGUAGUCGCUGUCAACCGACUCGAGGACUACUUUGUUCCUUUCACAUUUCUAUAUUCUAUAUUUCUUUCUUCAACCUAUCUUAGAUUUACAGUCGACAAAAUGGGACGGAGAAAGAUUGAGAUCAAAGCUAUCAAGGACGAUAGAAACCGCUCUGUCACGUUCCUGAAGCGAAAGGGCGGCCUUUUCAAGAAGGCGCAUGAGCUGUCCGUGCUCUGCUCCGUCGAUGUCGCCGUGUUUAUCUUCGGCAGCAAUAAGAAGCUCUACGAGUACUCCUCGAGCGACAUGAGAGAUUUGAUCACAAGAUACCAAUAUCAUGGUGUUCCGAACGAACAUAAAGGACCGCACGAUUUCAAUGGCGGCGAUGACGACGACGACGAAGAUGGCGAAGGUACUCCUCCGCAUGGCCACGAAGGCUCUGUCGAGCCCCAGAUGAUCCCUCCCCAUUUUCAAGGCCAACAUCCUUUCCAACACUUGAGGCAUCAUACUCCCUGCCCUUCGCCUCCCGUUAACGGAAUGCCAUUCGCACCUCGGGGCCACACACCGCAACCACAAAUCGUGUCUCGUCCAUCGUCUCGAAAUGAUCCUCGUCGCGACCUGCGCGUCCCUCAGCCGGGACCUCCCCAGCCAGUUACCAACGGAUACGCGUAUAUGCCUCAGCCAGCUAUCUACAACCCGCAGAGCCAAUCUACUUACCAGCACGGAAUCCCGCCGCCAGCUCCAGCUCAAUACCAAUACAGCAAUGCUCAGCCGCUUGUACAAGUCCAGCAGUAUAUGGAAGACCAGCGCCGAUCGUCCGUACCUCCUAGCUAUCCUCAGCAGGGACCCCCGCAACCUCCGCGUCCUUCUCCGCCGCAAUCUACUCACCAGUUACCACCGCAGCAAGCUCCUCACACGUCUCCACAACCGCCCCCUCAGCAUCUAGAGCCCCCGCAGCACCAGCACCAGCACCAACACCAGCAUGCGCCGGAACCGCAACAACCUCCUGCGCCCGUGGAACCGAAGCACGAACCGCUCCAGGAGAGAUCCAGCCAGCCUCGAUUGGAUACUGUGUCCGCGAUCAAGAAAAUGCCGCAGCGUAAGCAACAUAGCAUUUUCACUCCGAUUGACGAGAACCGAUCGAUUUUGUCUCAGCAUAUGGCCUCGUUCAACGCGGAACCCCGGACAAAGGAUGAUGGAAGCCGAUCGCAGUCGGUAGACGUGAGCGCCGUUUCGCGAUCCAAAUCCGAUUCUUCCCCUCCUCUUCCCCAGCGCUCUAACACUUCUAACUUGAGUCAUUCUCGCAAUUCUAUUCCUACAAUUCCCGAGACUACAUUCACCCCUCCUUCUCGCUCGAACAGCCUAAAGGUUGGCGGCGGAGCGCGCCCCCGUCUAAAGGUACAGAUCCCCGAGGAGCAGUCUGACAACGGUAGUACAGCUGGUGGUGAUACGGCCACUUCACCCCGCACUACCACGGACACGACCACGCAAGUGACGCGCCGGAACGGCAUAGAAGGCCCCGGGACUGGGGUAGUACUCCCCCCUCCUUCGCCAUCAGCAUCGGCUAUGCUAUCUGCGGGAGCCACUGGGCCGCCAAAUCCAUUCGCUAGACCCCAUCCUCAAACUCAGAAUAAUAGUAUGAACAUCGAUACGCCCGUAUCGGCGCUCCCAUCAAGGUUUCUUAACAACGAGUUCUUGCCUAGUCCCAGCAGUUUCUAUCCGGAAUGGAACUUCCGGGGUACUGAUAGUAACACACUUCCGAGUCCUCUGAAUUUUGCUACGCCGGUGGUUGGUUCGGGCCCUUCUUUUCUGAGGGACGACACCGGACCGAGCGCUACAAAGCGGAAGAGCCCGGAUAUAACGGCCGGUCAUGGUUCGGACGGGCCAGAAGGCGGCGAGCCCAAGAGAAUAAGAGUUGACGGCUAAUGGCAUGCCGUCAUGAUUCUAACUCUGGGGCCUUUUGGCUAGUUAUAUAUUUAUCCCGUUUCAGUUUAAUUCGUAUUCAUAUCGCGACUCAGCU